CCCCACCAACCCCUCUCCGCUUAUCCAAAUCGCGCGGUCGAACCCAAUCCGAUCUGUCGGUGCCUCCACUCGAUUCCCAGGCGCGUCGCGAACCUGACAGGCCGAACGAAUCCGGCGAGUGAACUGGCGUCAUGGGGACCCGCGACCGUGGCGGCGGCGGGGGAUCGGCGGCGAGGGUCGGCGACGGGGACGUCGACCUCGGCGAGGGCUGGGACUGGGGCAGCAUCCCGCGGUUCCUCUCCUCCGCCUGCCUCUUCCUCUGCUCCGGAGGCUGUUUUGGAUGCUGUGAUAGGACUGUAAAGCAACUAGGUGAGCUGUCCAGGAGCUUAAUUACCCAGGACCAAAAUCUCACCAUAGGAGGGGAACCGUUUUGGAGUACAACCACCAUCGAGAUUGAACAGGCAGAUCUAAGGGGCGUUUCUCCAAUCAACACAUCCACUUGGGGCAUUGAUCAGCAUGGAGUGGGAAGCAGUUAUAGCCUCCCUGAAUUUAAUCAUGGACCCGUUCUUUGGGAACAGACUAGGCAGGAGUGGACUGAAAUUAAAAGCCUACGGCCGAAGGUGAAGCAGAUUCGCGAACCGGUAUUGAGUUGGAAUGCAGCAUAUGAGAGUUUGCUUGGAUCAAAUAAGCCGUUUCCUCAACCCAUUCCUCUUCAUGAGAUGGUUGAUUUCCUCGUGGACAUCUGGGAGCAAGAGGGGUUGUAUGACUAGCGCAAAUGCUUUCAUAGGAAUGACAUAGUUGUUCCUCAAAAUGGGAAAAAGAAUGACAUAGUUGUAGACUUGAUGAGCUAAUGAGGAGCUGGCCUGUCAUACUUAUUUUUGUUCAUGGAGGCCUGUUGUACUUGCUAAAUACAGCAGUGUGGUGGUGAACAUGUAAUGUUAGAAAGGUCCCGAUUCAGUCGCUUUGCCGAAUUUGUCAAAGAAGCAAGAAAGAAAGGUGUCACACCGAGUUGCGGACAUAAGUGUGAUUUGUAUUGAUUUGAGAAGAAGAAAGUAUUCAACAAUCAACACUGCUGGCUGUUGAUUCUA